AUGUUUAGGCGUAGUCUUAUUUGUUGUCAGGACUUGACAGAAGCAUCUGUCACGCAUCAGCUGACGAAUAAGAACCGUCGACUUCCGAAAAUUGCUUUGCAGAAGAUGAGAGAAGAGCGGAUCCGAAAGCGACGACGGGAUCGGGGGCGGGAUCUCUUCGCCAAAGAGGCCCAUAUGAAGGCGGCAGUUGCGUCUACCACCAACGCGCGCGACCUUCUCACCUCUCGGCUUGCAGAUCAGAUAUUUAGCAAAGGACACAUGCAUACCGCAACGGCUACAAAUAUAACUUUUGUUCCUGAUGGGAACCCCGCGAUGCCACUUGUUGCUUUAGCAGGACGUGAGCACGCAGGCAAGACCUCCCUUCUGCGUUCAUUAUUUCGGUCUGUAGCGCAUGUUAGUCGGUCGAACAGGCAGCUUCGGCGCGAUGCAAUAAACUACUUCAACGUCGGUAGCGUGUUCAAUGUCGCGGAUCUCCCUGGUUACGGUGGCACCUCUGUUCCGUGGUCUAUUUUACUACAGCAUGCCGUGCUGCUUCGCAACUUUGUGCGCUGUCAGCCAAGCUUGAAGAUGUUGUACUACUGCAUGGAUGUACACUACAAGAAUGGGGUGUAUAUUCAAGACAUUGACAUGCUAAAAUUCUUAUCGAGGGAGGUGCCAAACUUUACGAUUGUUCUGACCAAGGCAGAUCAAAUCAAUGAAAGUAAUAAAGCAACUCACACAUUUCGUGUGCAAGACAUCCGAGAAGAGCUACUUUUUAAUGAAAUCCAUCAUCCUGUGAUAGUCACAAGUGCCUACAAAAUGGGCGGAAUCGACACACUGCGAUUUGAUAUGGUGAUGAACUGCUUGCAUGCUAUACCAACCGAGAGGCUAACAUUUGCGGAAGCAAAAAAGCUGUCGGAGAGAUUACUCUCUCAAAAAGAGCUCUCGACGGUACGUAAUUUACCUCUCACACCUACGCAGCUCGACAACGAGCUGUGCGAAUGGAACAAAGAAUUGUUAUUGGAAACACAAUCCUUGCUUCCUGUACGUACGGAUGAAGCCUCGGAUGAGGUUCCGAAAAAACUUACGAAUCCGCUUUUGCUGGUUGAUACGUAUUCCAAAGACAGUGCGGCCGGACAAACAACGGCGUCCACUGUGGAUAUGACGGUGUUAGGAUCCCUGCCAGGGGAUGAGAAAUUCCCCCCCUCCCCUGGCGUCAUCCAGGAAAGGGUUGCAACGGCUUUGUUGACGACUCGUGCGGAUGGCUGUGAGGCCGCCAUCGCGAGCAGUUUCCCGGAUGAUCUUGUUAAGCAGUCCGCCUACAAGAGCCUGCUCAAGAAGGUUCACAACAAGGAGCUGAUGCGGUACGUUCGGCAAACCAGCCCGUGGCGGAAUCCACUGCUCUGGCCUAAGAAUGUGAUCCCGACCAAACACCCCAAGUCAAACCUCAUGCGCUGCGUUGAGGAUCCUGAAAAUCCCUACCUUUUUCAACCAGCUUUUGUCGCUCCACGCGCAGACAUGUGCUUUCGACGACCUAAUGUUGGGUUUAGACGCUCCUCUCAAAAAGGUCGUUACGAGGCGGAUCAACCGCUUGUCUAUCUCAUGAAGCCCUUCACGAUUCCGUAUUUUCCAGACAUCGUCGAUACGGCGAUGCAUCCACAGCCGUGGACUUUUUUGGGCUCGCGAGAGGCAUUCUACGAGCGGGGGGGCGGUCGGCAGCUCGGGGUGCGGUUGAUGCAAUAUGCCCGAAAAGGUGAAAUUAAUCCCUUAAUGGAUGACCCCGCCCCAGAAAACCUACUUCUAACACAAGAGCUUCGGACAGAGGAAAAGAAAAGAUAUGGGGCGCCUAUCGCUAUGCUGUCGCCACCGCCUUUGGAAGACAGCACCAACAAGCCCAAGCAUGAGUUUUGCUGA